AUGAAUCCAAAUGAGAUAUUUAAGGUAUCUGCUAAGUAAGGAACUGGGGUUACAGAGUUGUUAAAUAAUAUAGUUACAUUGAUACCUCCUCCUUAGGAUCAUAAAGAACUGAAAUGUUUUUUGAUUGACAGUUGGUAUGUAAGAGACAAAGGAGUUGUGUUGUUGAUAUUAAUGAAAGGAGGGUAUUUAAAGAAAGGAGAUUAGAUAUUAUCCUGUGCAUUCAAAAAGAAAUAUGAUGUUUUCGAAGUAGGGCUUUAAAGUCCAGAGAAUGUUCCUUAGGAGAGGUUGGAACCGGGUUAGGUAGGAUAUGUGAUGACGAAUGUGAAGGCAGCAAAUGAGGCCAGAUUAGGAGAUACAUUUAGACAUCCUCUAUCUAAGACUUUGCCUGAAGCUGGUUUUGAGGAGGUAAAACCAUUGGUCUAUUGUGGAAUUUAUCCUGAAGACCCAGAUGACUAUGCUGAAUUAAAUAAAUCAAUAUUCAAAUUGGCAUUGACUGAUCCAGCUGUGAUAAUUUAGAAGGAGAGUUCAGCAACAUUAGGAAAUGAAUAUCUUUGUGGUUUUCUAGGAGUUUUACAUAUGGAUGUUUUCAGAGAGAGAUUGGAGAAUGAGUAUAAUUUGAGUGUCAUCUUGAUAUCUACAAGUGUACCUUAUAAAGCAAUAUUGAGGGAUGGAAAAGAGGUAAUGGUUGAGAAUGCAAUUUUGGCACCAGAUGCAGCUGUCAUCAAACAUUAUGAACAACCUAUGGCUAUUGCUACUAUAAUGUGUCCAGAAGAGUAUAGUGCCACAAUAUUUUAAUUGUGUGAUGCUAGGAAUGGUAGAAUAGUAGAUUAAGAGAAGUAUGAUAAAUAAGAUAGAUACACUUUUAAAUUCCCUUUGAAUGAAAUCAUCUAGGAUUUGUUUGAUAAAAUAAAGAGUGCAACUAAAGGGUAUGGCAAACAUUGUUAAAUUGUUAAUGCAUUUAUGUAUGAUCCAGUGGAUGCAUUGUCAUUUAUGGUACCAGAAGAGAGAGCUCAUUAAUUGGGAAAGAAGAUUUGUUAAAGAUUGAAGGACAAUAUCCCUUAACAUUUAUUUGUUGUAUCAAUUUAAGCUAAGGUUGGUGGUAAAGUGAUAGCAGCAGAGAAGAUAGGGAGCACAGGGAAAAACGUUACUGCUAAUGUUAUGGAGGGGAUUACACCAGAAAGAUGAAGUUAUUGGAUAGAUAGAAAGAGGGCAAGAAGUGGAUGAGAGAAGUUGGCAAAGUUACUGUUAGGAAAGAUAUUUUCAUCAGUGUAUUCAAAGAUGAUUUGAAUUAUU